ACUAAAUUAAAUGAUCAAAGGGCCCUUGAGUAAAAAUUCAAAAACGAUACCUUAUCGCAGCAGGUCGCCCUAAAAAAUUCAGAGAUAUAACUCGCAUUGCAUUGUUUUCGCCAAAAAGUAAAUAGAAAAUCCCUCGAAAAUGAAGCCCUUUAAGACCUCCUGGGCGGACGAAGUGGAGGCGGACUAUGUGGACGGUCUGCCGCCUUCUAGUGAGUACGUCGAGGGCGACUACAAGUACGUGACGGAGUACAAGUUCAACGACGACGGCAAGAAGGUGAAAGUGGUGCGCACCUUUAAGAUUGAAAAGAAGGUGGUCUCCAAGGCGGUGGCCCGACGACGUGGCUGGGUGAAGUUCGGGGACUCUCGACUGGACAAGCCGGGACCCAAUUCGCAGACGACCAUGGCCUCGGAGGAGAUCUUCAUGCUCUUCAUGGGCUCCAAGGAGUUCGAGCAGACGCACGAGACCCAGAUGGACGCCGGCAAAAAUAUUGCCAAGUGUCGAAUCUGCAACGGCGAGCACUGGAGUGUGAAUUGCCCCUACAAGGGCACUUCGAUGGAUAGCAAGACUCUCAUGGAGAGCAAGGCCAAUGCUGCGGCAGCGGCUGCUGUGAAUGACCCUAACAAACCGGGUAAAUACGUGCCACCGUUUAUGAAGGACGGCGGCGGGGGAUCUGGCGGCAAAGGCUGGGGUCGCGAACGGGACGACUCUUCGGCGGUUCGCAUCUCCAACUUAUCGGAAUCGAUGACCGAGACGGAUCUCGAGGAGCUGGUGAAGAAAAUCGGUCCGCACACCAAGAUGUACUUGGCCCGGGAGAAGAACACUGGUCUGUGCAAAGGGUUCGCCUACGUGCACUUCAAAUUCCGCCAGGAUGCAGCUGCAGCCAUCGAAAUCCUUAACGGUCAUGGCUACGACCACUUGAUCCUCUGUGUCGAGUGGUCGAAACCGCAGCCAUAAAACGCGCUUCCUUCUGGACUUACUUCUCAACUUUAAUUCCAGAGCGGAAAUGAGGCUCGGUCUGGCCGAAAGAAAUUAAAAUAAAAUAUGUGAUGCAGUGUAAAAAAUGAAUGAAAUUCUUGAAUUUUA